CCAUUCUACCUCCACAGCGUGCGGGAGCAUGAAGAGAGUCUGCGCGUUUCUGUUGGUUUGUUUUCAAGCGAAAUGAACUCUACUCGAAAAUUGUUUUGCGAGUGAAACCAGUGGCUGGCCAGAACAGAACUGAGCAAACUAAUAACUAAACUAACAUCUGUUUAUGAAAUAGACGAGAGAACUAUACUGAAGAAACGGAACCCCGAAGAACCUUCGCUUUAAAUAUUAUGUUUGGAGUGACGGAAAUAACCCAUCUCUGCUGGUCGAUGAGUGCUGUGUUCGGGAGCGAUGUCCGCGCGCAGCAGUGAUGGACGCUCCGUGGACAGAUCUUCAAAGAAAGGGAACUGCAAGUCUUUCACAAUAGAUAAAGUCACCGUUGCCCGAUCCCUGUGCCUGGGCUCAGGGUUCAAGGGCGAGACCAUAUGAACAUGCUUUCAAACAAGUCAUGCGAGAACAUCACUAAUAUCGACGUGAAUGGGAGUCCGGUGAUGAGUGCUGUGAUGUUCAUCGCUGGAGUGGUUGGCAACCUGAUGGCUUUGGCUAUCCUGGGAGCGCACCAGAAGGAGCGUCACACCAAGUCCUCGGUCUUCUGCAUUCUCGUGACAGGCCUGGCUUUGACAGAUCUGCUGGGAACAUGUUUACUCAGUCCACCGGUUUUCAUUUGCUAUGCCCAAAGAAAAUCCCUGGUAGGUCUCACGGGAGACAGGUGGCUGUGUGGACUCUUCGCCUUCGCCAUGACCUUCUUUGGCCUGGCCUCUAUGCUCAUACUGUGUGCCAUGGCGGUGGAGCGGUGCCUCGCCAUCAGUCACCCAUAUUUCUACUCUAAACACGUGCGACGCAGCUUCGCCAAGAUCGUCCUCAUCCUCAUCUAUCUCUUUACCUUCAUGUUCUGCUUGCUGCCAUUCUUUGGAUUCGGGCGGCACAAGCAGUACUGUCCGGGCACAUGGUGCUUCAUCAAGAUGGAGGCAGAAGGAGAGGGUGAGGAUGAGGAGAGGAGAACGCUGACCUUCUCGGUGUCCUACUCUGUGCUCAUGGCGUUGCUCAUCUCUGUUGUGUUCUUGUGCAACGGUUCGGUCAUCGUCAGCCUAUGCCGCAUGCACCGGAGCCAGCUGAUACGUCGGGGUUCGGUUCUGUCGGUUGGACGUAAGAAGAGGCUGAGCACCUUGUUCGGACAGGGAGAAGAGGAAAUGGACCACUUACUGCUGCUGGCCUGCAUGACCUUCAUCUUCGUCAUUUGCUCCUUGCCUCUGACUAUCUGUGGCUUUGUGAACGCUAUUAGUCCGGUUGGGAAUGAUCAGAAGAACCUAAUGGCUUUCCGCUUCUCUGCAUUUAACCCCAUCUUGGACCCCUGGAUCUUCAUCAUCUUCCGUAAGGCGGUCUUUCACCACAUCCGUGCACUCUUCCGCUGCUGUUUCCCCAGAGAAACAAUGAAGACCACAGCAAAAAACUCCCUGUCCUUCCCCAUGGAGUCUGGAAAUGCCAAACACAGCUCAAGCAUCCAGACUAAGAUCUACUGCAGCCUCCCCCAGUGAGGUCUUGAUGAGCGACUAUGAACUUACAAUGGUGUGCAGUGAGAUAUAACAAGACGAUGAGAUUUAGAAUCCCACUAAGAACCAAAUAUAAAAGCAUGGAUGUCAAAGGACCUGUUUCCUCUCCAUUGGCAAUGUGCAAGUAAACCACAGAAUUUGGUUCUGCAAAGAUGUGAAGGAAAAGAAUGAAACCAGUGUCAAUUUGGAGAACUGAUACAUACCAGUUUACCAAUAAUCACCAAGGAUAGAACAUCAUGAACUUUGGGAAGAUGAAGUUGACCAAAUUGCUUAGUAACAGACUAAUGAAUGGGGAAGUCCAAAUUUAUAGCAGAGACAUUGGAUACAGUAGCAAAAAUCAAUAAUGACAUGCAACCAAAAUACGGGUUGAAAACACUUUGCAUGUAUCACUUUUCAGCUUUAAAGGUUAAAAUCCUUCUAAAAUUGACACACUUUUAUGCAAACCCAAACUGCAGUGGCAAAAGUAUACGAUUUGACAAAAUAUGUGUUGAACGGUUAAAGCAAGUUGUUUAGUAGCAAACAACCAAUCAUAUUGUUUGUCUCAUUAAAUAUUCAUACAGCUUGGUGUGUCUUCAGAAUCUGAGGGAAACAGUUAAAGAAUCAUACAGUGAAAGCAAUCACAUUAACUCAUGAAGAAAUAUUUCCACAGAAGUUAAACAGCGUAUUUAUAUUUGUUAAUUUAUUUUUCAGCGAAUGAGCACAUUAGCCCACAUGUACAGUUUAAAACAAUUCAGAACCGUACUUAGAAGAAAUUAAUCAAGGGUAACAUAACAUAACCAUACCAGGUAACAUUUUUUGAGAUGUUAAAAUACUAUUUGGUAUUAACUCAUGCUAGUUAUAAUACAAAAAUAGCUUAUUGGGUGUUGUUAAGAUGUGUUUUUAGAAGAACGCCUUUUGUUGAAAAUGUAAAAACUACAUUUCUACAGUUUUUUUUUUAUAGUGGUACUUAAGAAAAGCGAAUUCAAUUUAACUGUGAUAAUAUAAUGUAAAUAAUACAAAUAAAUGACUGUUACAGCUAAUAGCUGUGCAGUACAGGAGUUUGGACCAAUAAUAUUGCACUGUAGGCGGGGCUAGCCAGCCACCAAAAUAGAAACAGAGCAAUUGGCAUGAGAAGAAAAAAAUGUAUGUGGAAGAGAUGGCUUUUAUGUUUUAUAUCUUGAUGCUUUAGCAUUUCAUGUCUGUUCAUGGUGUCAGAGGAGAGGCUUGUGUAUAAUGUUAAUAUAUUUGACCAUACAGUAUGUUUCCAAUUCAGCUAAUGUAUAUAGUUUAAACUAUACUAAUGCAAUUUCAUACCUGCUCUCGAAGCUACUAAUAUCACCUAACAUGUUUCAUUAAAAAACAUGGAUAGCUGUCUUUAAAAUACAUUUGCUUUUACCACA